AUGGCGCAACCGUCAGAUACCUCUGACAUUAGCUACCUCAAGUCCGCGGGCACGCUCUCGGACACCAUGUCGCGCCCGCAGCAGCAGCAACAGCCCCACGGCGCCAAGCCCUGGUCGCGCAUCAUCGACAGCUUCAAGCCUGCGCGCCCAGCCGAUAGCAAGUCCGAUGACACCGCGGUGCAGCAAACACAGCUCGACUCCAAGCAAAGUCUGCUUGACAACCGUCAUUCUGAUGACCUGGAGCGCACCGUGCUCGCCGACAGCGACGACAAGCUCAACAAAGACCUCUCGGUUCGUCAUCUUUUGACUCUGGCCGUGGGCGGUGCCAUCGGUACCGGUCUGUUCGUCAAUUCGGGUGCUGCGCUGAGCACCGGUGGCCCAGCCUCUCUGGUCAUCGAUUGGGUAAUCAUCAGUACCUGUCUGUUCACCAUUGUCAACGCAUUGGGUGAGCUGUCCGCUACGUUCCCCGUAGUUGGUGGGUUCAACGUGUACAUCACCAGAUUCGUCGAGCCCUCAUUGGGGUUUGCCGUCAACGUCAACUACUUGGCGCAAUGGGCUAUCUUGCUGCCGCUGGAAUUGGUUGCCGCUUCGAUCACCAUCAGAUACUGGAACAGUGAGAUCAACUCUGACGCGUGGGUAGCCAUUUUCUACACCGCCAUCCUGCUAGCAAACUUGCUCGACGUCAAGUCCUUUGGUGAGACUGAGUUCGUGCUUUCUGCAGUCAAAAUUUUAGCCAUCAUCGGCUUCACCAUUCUGGGCAUUGUACUAAUUUGUGGUGGGGGUCCUGAAGGUGGCUACAUUGGCGGCAAAUACUGGCAUAACCCGGGCGCUUUUGUAGGAGAAACUGCAGGCCAAAGAUUCCAAGGCUUAUGUUCUGUGUUCGUUACAGCUGCCUUCUCCUACUCCGGUACAGAGCUUAUUGCUGUGUCCGCCGCCGAAUCCAGGAACCCACGGGUAACCUUGCCAAAAGCCUGUAAGAGAACUUUCUGGCUCAUCACCAUGUGCUACAUUGUCAUUUUGACCCUCAUUGGGUGUCUAGUACCCUACGACGAUGCGAGACUACUCAACGGCAGCAGCACUGUUGAUGUUGCCGCCUCACCAUUAGUAAUUGCCAUUGAAAACGGUGCAAUCAAGGGUCUCCCAUCGUUGAUGAAUGCCAUCAUUCUCAUUGCCGUAUUAUCUGUCGCCAAUAGUGCUGUAUACGCAUGCUCCAGAUGUAUAGUUUCCAUGGCGCAAAUCGGUAACUUGCCACAUUCUCUUUCCUACAUUGACCGGAAGGGUAGACCUCUCUAUGCCAUCGGAGCUACUCUUAUCUUUGGUUUACUUUCCUUCAUCGCUGCCAGUGACAAGCAAAAUGAGGUUUUCACUUGGUUGAGUGCCUUGUCCGGUCUUUCUACCUUAUUUUGCUGGAUGGCAAUUAACAUUUCUCACAUUAGAUUCCGUCAUACCAUGAAAGUUCAAGGAAGGUCUUUGGAUGAGUUGCCCUUUGUGUCUAUGACCGGUGUCUGGGGCUCUUGGUAUGGCUGCAUAGUCAUUUUCCUUGUACUAAUCGCGUCCUUUUGGACCUCAUUGUUCCCACCUGGUGGUGACGGAGCCGAUGUCACCUCUUUCUUCGAGGGCUACCUAUCUCUCCCAAUUCUUCUGAUAUGUUAUGUAGGUCACAAGCUCUACACAAGAAACUGGAGCUUAUACACGAAGUCAGAGGAUAUGGAUAUUGACACCGGCAGAAGAGCUGUGGAUAUCGAGAUUCUCAAAGAAGAGAAAAGACUCGAAAGAGAAGCCAUGUCACAGCGACCAUUGUAUAUUAGACUUUGGCACUUAUGGUGUUAG